ACCGCCGCCACCGCCGCCGUCAAACCCCUCUUCCUCUCAUUCUCAAACUCCUUCACCUCCAGAAACUUCCACCAACACAAACGCUUCAGAUACACCUCCUCCGCAACUAAAUUCCCAAUUUCCAAUAAACCCCCCUCUUUCUCCGCCAAUUUGGGGCUUUCUGGAAAAGCCCUAGUUUCUACCGUUCCACCACAGCCAGAACCAGAACAAGAACAAGAACAACCACAAUCUUCCAAAUUGCUCACUCUACCCACCAUUCUCACUCUUGGCCGUGUCGCCGCCGUGCCGCUUCUUGUUGCCACUUUCUAUUUGGAUGGUUGGCAAGGAACAGUAGCUACUACCACAAUCUUCAUUGCUGCUUCUGUUACAGAUUGGCUUGAUGGUUACAUUGCUCGCAAGAUGAAUUUAAAAUCUUCAUUUGGUGCAUUCUUAGAUCCUGUAGCUGAUAAGCUUAUGGUUGCUGCCACAUUGGUUUUAUUAUGUACUAGACCUUUGGAUGUUGGUUUGUUUGCACAAGCACCCUGGUUACUACCUAUACCUGCCAUUGCCAUCAUUGGCAGAGAGGUAAUGAAUGCUUAUCUGACUUCUAAUGCAUGCUUUACUAAUAAGCUCUUCUUUACAUCACUGGGAACUGUGUGAGGGUCCUUCUUCAUG